AUGAACCGUCCAAGGAAGCCAGGAUCCCAAAGAGUUACUAAAGUGAAAGAAUGCCCUCAAUGUGGUAGAAACCAUGGGAACAGGCCAUGUUGGUUUGGGCCAAGUGUUUAUUACGGAUAUGGAAAACCCAGUCACUUUGCUAGAGAAUGUAUGCAAAAAGUAGAGGAGUUUAGGCCUAGGAAUCAAGGUAGAGUCUUUGCCAUGACUCAUGAAGAUGUUCGUAAGUCCCCAAAUAUGAUCCAAGGUACAAUUCAACUUAAUGGCAAUUUAGUACAAGCAUUGUUUGACUUUGGUGCUUGUCAUUCUUUUAUUGCUUAUGAAUGUGCUAGACGAGUAGGGUUAAAGGUUGAUAAAUUGCGUUAUGAUUUGGUUGUGUUAACACCCACAGGUGCUAAAGUUAUUACUGCUAGUGUUUGUUUAAAUUGUUUGAUUCAGUAUGAGCAAAAGGAUACAGUCAUAAAUCUUUUUCACAUGCCGUUCCAAAAUAUGGAUAUAGUUAUAGGCCUCAAUUGGCUAUUAGCUAAUAAUGCAUGA